AUGCCAUCAACAUUAGAACUUGUUGGCCGACGCCCCAUUACAAUCGAGUCCGCCAUCGAGGAAGAGCGAAAUGUCAUUAAUUGGGCCUCUUAUGGACCGGCAACUGACAAACUGUAUCAGGCGCUUUGGGAACAGAGAGAAUCCAUACAAGCCCUGGUCAGACAUCAUCUGGCGUUAGGCAAGCGUGAUGUAUGCAUUGUGCUGCCGCCCUCCCACUGGAUUCGAGGCGGCUUCAACAUUUGCGUCUUCCUCGAGGUCAACUCCGACAACACAAACAAGAAGUUCAUAUUCCGUUGUCCCAUGCCACACAAGCUUGCUGAAGCUAGGUACCCCGGCAGCAUAGAUGAGAAAUUGAGCUGCGAGGUAGGAGCAUCUAUAUGGGUAGAAGAAAAUUGCCCGGAGAUACGCUCCCCUUUCUUGUUUGGCUUCGGGUUUUCGGACGGCUGUCAUAACCCGCCGGGCCAUCAAGUGCGUACUGCGUACAUGGUGUUGGAAUACUUAGGUCCUGAAACGGGCCAGAUGCUUUCAGAUUCGUUUGACGCGCACCAAGAAGACGAAAUACGCAGGCAGAGGCUGUUCAGGGGCAUGUCGCGGAUACUGCUUUCACUCGCCCGCAUUCCUCAAGCGCAAAUCGGUUCCUUCCAUUUCCACAAUGACGGCACCGUCACGCUGACGAAUCGACCCCUCUCAUGUUCGAUGAUGAUUUUGGAGAAUGACGGGGCAGUGAAUACGAUACAGCGGAGCACUACAUUUAGCUGUACUGAUGCGUUCGUAUCGGACACGCUCACCUUUCAUGAUCACCGCUUUCUUAGUCAGCCAAACGCUGUCUAUAGCGAGGGUGACUGCCGAGGCCAGAUGGCGGUGAAGACAUUGCUCCGAGUCUUGUCACACCUUUACAUCAAAAGAGAACUCCGCAACGGCCCGUUCCUACUUCAACUUACCGACUUUCACGCGAGCAAUAUCCUGGUUGACAAGCAUUGGAAUGUCACAGGCCUGAUAGACCUGGAGUGGAUAUGCGCGCUUCCCUCAGAGAUGCUUGGGGUGCCAUAUUGGCUGACUGGCUGUGCCAUCGACCAGAUUAAAGGCGAGGAACUCGACCGGUUUGAUGAAGUACGACGAGAGUUUAUGCGCAUAUUCGAGGACGAAGAGCAAGCUAUGAAAGCUAAGGCAAGGCACAACAUCACACUUUCCAGAGUCAUGCAAGACAUGUGGCAGUCUAAAGGAGUGUGGUUCUGGCAUUGUCUGUCAUCUGUGAAUGCUAUGUAUUUUCUUCUCGAGACUCAUUUGUAUCCGCCCAAAUCCUUGUCAAUCGAAGCCGAGACGUAUCUGUCGAGGUUUUGGUGCAUAAACUCGGAGGAUGUCGUUCAGAAGAAAAUCGCGGACAAAAAAGCAUACGACGAUCAAGUUCGAAAGAUGUUCUGUGAAUGA